CGUGCCGUAAACCGCUGCGGUACGAUCUGCCAGUAGAGAGCAAAGGCCCCGAAGCUGACAAAUUUAUAGGCGAUGAAAGCAGACGUUUCGGGGCUCCGUUUCAUUUUUUAGACCGUGUUAUCGUCUUCCUCACGAUGAUUAUAGAGAAUGUGGACGCUCUUAAGUCGUGGCUGGCAAAACUUCUGGAGCCAAUAUGUGAUGCUGACCCCUCUGCGUUAGCCAAUUACGUUGUGGCUCUGGUGAAGAAGGAUAAACCGGAGAAGGAGCUCAAAGCGCUGUGUGCCGAUCAGCUUGACGUCUUCCUACAAAAAGAGACUGUAGGCUUUGUGGAUAAACUUUUUGAAUGUCUGACAAGCAAGAAUUACCAGGGGAACUCUGUUGCCAAGGAAGCUCCAAAAGAAGUGGUGAACCUUCCUCCAGCGAAAUCAGAUGCAGUAGAAAUUGAGACUCCAGAGGAGGAGAGAGAAAACAGGCGCAGGAGAAGUCCUCUGAGGAACCGCUCCGACUUCAACGAAUCCAGGAGUCGCGAUGACAGGAGGCGGGACGAGCGCAAGAGGCGGGACUUUGAUCGUCACGGCAAGGGCAGUGGCGAUUCGCACCGCGAGCGGGAGCGGCAUGAGCGGCGCCGGGGGAGCUCCCGCGGGAGGAGCAACAGCCGCAGCCGGAGCAGGAGUGGCAGCCGGGGGAAGAGCAGGGGACGAGACUUCAAGUCAAAGUUUGAGGUGGAGAGGAAGGACGCGGACGGCUACAACUCGUCCACCCCGGGCAGGCCCCAGCAGGCUCCCCAGCUCACGUCGCCACUCUUGCCCACCCCCCUGCACCCUUUCUCGUCCACUGCCGGCGGCGCGGGACCCGGCGGUAUUCCCUUGGCAACGCAUGCGCACAUCCCCGACGGCACCACAGACAGCUGGUCCGGCUACUAUGGCAAAGCGAGGCAAGACGGCGUUGGCAAGCCGUUCAGCAAUAAGAACCCGUCACGCAAGCAGCGGUGCCGGGAUUACGAUGAAAAAGGAUUUUGCGUCCGCGGCGACCUGUGCCCGUUUGACCAUGGCAACGACCCUCUCAUCGUGGAUGACGUCAAUCUUCCGAACAUCAUCCCUUUCCCACCGCCGCCCGUGAUACCCCCCGGCGGCCUGCCCAUGCCGCCACCCAUCAACGAGCCGCCCCCUUCACUCAGGAUACCACCGCCGCCGAUGCCGCCCUACGGCCAGCCUCCGCCUGGCGUCUUCUCGUUGACUGGACCCCCUCCACUGAUCGCAACCAGUGGAAUGGAAACCCCCAAUCACCAGUCGGCGAUCACGUCGUCGCCUCCUGUCGGGCCACCCAGCGUGAGGCUGCCGCCUCCUCUUCCCCUGCCUCCUCCGCCUCCUCCCUCCUCUUCGUCGGUGUCGCUCCGUCCCCGAUAUGUCCAGUCUGAAUAUAACUACGAUCCGGAGGGCUACAACCCGGAAUCGCCAGGGCUGACUGGAGCCGGUCGCAACCAGUAUCGCCAAUUCAUUCCCCGAAUACAGACGCAGCGCCCCAACCUCAUCGGACUCACAUCUAAUGAGGGACAAGGCUCGAGAGCUGCCAAUAUAGUGAUCCAAACGGAGCCCGCCACUCCUGCCAGCGCACCAGGAAGUAACAUGACCUGUUUCAACUCGGAGCAGCACAACAGGAAGAGACCCAUGGGCUGUAUGCUAGCUGAUGGACCCACGGCUAAAAAACCAUGGAUGCAAAAGCCAAACUUCAACAACAAAGGCAUUUUCCCAAAGAGGAACUUCCACGUGAACACCAAACUGGAGGUGCGCAAUAUCCCACCCGAGCUCAACACCAUCACCAAGCUCAAUGAGCACUUCAGCAAGUUCGGGACCAUCGUGAACAUUCAGGUCGUGUUUGGUGGCGACCCAGAGGUGGCGUUGAUCCAGUUCACAUCCAACGAAGAAGCCUGUCGGGCCAUGUACUGCGCCGAGGCGGUUCUCAACAACCGCUUCAUCAACAUGCGCUGGCAUCGCAAGUCCAGCAUGCUGGGGAGUCACCAGCUGGAACAGGGCACAGGCAGUCAAGUCGGCCCGCAGGGGAUCAAGCAGCACAAUCCUGCUGCUUACGUGCUGAACAAGCAUCGUUCGCCAGUAGCAGUCGGCACCACGAGCACACCUGACAACCUGAACCCCAACGCAGAAGCUGCCCAUGUGGCGCCGGUGCUGACAAACACCCAGAAGGGUCCCUACGCUUCCACCCCGCUCAAGUUGUCCUCCAAGUGCCUUGGGAAAACGGCGAAAGCACUGGAAGCACAGGAAGCCCUGAAGAAGAAACAGGAGGCGUUGAAACUACAACAUGACUUGCGGAAGAAGAAGCAGGAAAUGUUAAAGACGCAGAUUGAAUGUCAGAAGGCGCUGAUUAGCCGUCUGGAGAAGAACCGGGGGAUGAAACCAGAGGAACGAGCCAACAUUAUGAAAACACUGAAGGAACUGACUGAAAAGAUUGCCCAGCUCCAGAAUGAAAUGAAUCCUUCCACCCAGGUCUCUAAAGCCAAUCACAACCAGCCCAAGACCAAGACCGACGCCCAGAAGGAGCUGCUGGAUGCUGAGUUGGACUUCCACAAGAAAAUGAGCUCUGGAGAAGACACGACAGACCUCAAGAGAAAACUGGGCCAGCUCCAGAAAGAGGCAACACAACUGGGCAUCCUGCGAUCCCCGACGUGCCGAGGCCGCGGCCGGGGGAAGAUGCUGCUGGAAGCAGGCGCUAUACGCGCAAGGGGCCGCAGCGGUUCCGUAAACCGCAUGGUGGUGGACCACCGGCCCAGGGCUCUGACAAUUGUGGGGGUCACCCAGGAGGAGAAGGAGGAGCUCACAUCACACUUUGUGAAAUUCGGUGACCUGGAGGAUCUGCGUGACCAGGACGCCACCAGUGUCAUCAUGACCUUUAAGACUCGGAGUGAAGCCGAGAAUGCAGCCAACCAGGGAGCCAAGUUCAAAGGUCGCGUGUUGCAGAUUUCCUGGUACAAGCCCAAGACGCCCUCCAUCACCACAGAGCCUGAGGAGGAGGAGUCCAAAGACGACGACAACGCGCAGAAGGACGGUCGCUCUUAUCGGCCUGGCGAGGAGGAAGAAGAGGAAGAGGACGACGACGAAGACGACAAGUACGAAAGCAGAUCUUGGAGACGAUGAAAGCCUCCCAAUGACAGCGACAGAAAUCGCCAGCGCGGUUAACCCUUAAGAACUCCUCUUCUCUUCUGCCCCCCCCCCCCCCCCAGUAUUUUCAAGUCAUUUUAAGACUAAUGGAAGUAUAACGUUUGCUUUUUUUGGAGGGUUCCCUCCAUUCAACAAAAACAAUCUCACUUUUGCUGAGAAAGCCGAAGGUUCGGUUUUUAGGGAGAGUUUAAGUGUGCUUACUUUAACUGUCAGUAAUGCACAACAUUUGCGUCUACUGUGAAAAGCUAUUUUUAUACACAGCUGUAUUUAAGAUUUUGUUUUUGUUUGUUUUGGGGGUUUUUUUGGAGGGUGGGGGACAAGUUGGUCUCAGUUCAAAGACCACAUGUUUAAUUUAUUCCUCCCGACUCUUCCCUGCUUCUUCAUUUUGAUGGCUCAAGUCUGUCACAGCCCCACAACCCCUUCCACACAUUGCCCCGACAGCGCACCAAAAAUUUGAUUUGGAAAUUUAAAAAAAAAAAAAUGUAAGCCACAAAUGCUCAUAAAAUAGAUCUCCAUUUUAUAAAUUUAGUACGUCCCUGAAAACUAAGAGGAUCGCCGUGUAAUCAUUUACUGUAAAGAAUUAUUUUAUUUCCAACCUCUGCUUCUCAAACAGAAAACUUAAUCAUUCAUAAAUAUCCAUAGACAGAUUUUUGAAUGUAAAAAAUGAAACCCUUGAUUUUAACAGAGAGCGAGAGAGUGAGUGAGAGAGAAUUUCUUUCUUUGCCUUACACCCGUCGGCCACUCGGCGGAAUCUUUUUUAUUUUACAAUAUUUGUGAUUCAUUUUCUUUGGGGGGGCCGGGUGUUGUGUAAAUUUUGUACAUUUGCUUAAAAAAAGUCAAAUGUUGAGAAUUUUUCCCCCCUUUUUUUUUUUUUUGGUUGGGGGGGUGUCAUUUUUCUGAUAUUUUAAAUCAGGAAAAACACCAAUGUAGUCCCAUUUCAUUACAUCUGUCCGCCUGGAGGAUUAUUUCAAGUUUCCUCCUGUCCUGUCUCAAAAUUCAAUUGUAAUUCACAUCGAUUACAUGCACUCUCAUGUGGGGUAUUGAUUGCAUUUCUAUUUUUCAGUCAUGGAAUACUAAAACCAAAAGAAUAUUUAUUGAACUUCCUGCAUGUAAAUACACUCACUGUGUCCUUUGGAGUCAUCCUCACACCUUGAUUACUUUUCUCUUUCUCACACAUCCCGAAUAGGUUCCUUAUUGAUUUUAAUGAGGACAAAGUAACUUGGUUCUUGUAUAUUCAGAGAAUUUGCUCUCUAUUCCACUUUUUUUUUGUACUUGUGUGUGUGUGUACGCUCAUACACCGUAGUGUAAAAAAAAAAUGUAUGUUUAUCGGAUAAUAGUUUUGGAUUUGUUACUGUUUAUAUUUGCAGGAUGUGGAUUAUGAUAAUGAUGUGUUUUCUUCAUGUCAUUUUGUUUGUAAAAAGAUGAAUUUCUAAUUCACGAGCAUGUUUGCUUUUGCCAAUAAAGACAAAGGAAUGGGCUGCUUGCGGGAAAAAAAAACAA